UUGUCGGGAAUCAGACUGAUAAGCGAUUCCACCUAUGUUUUCCUCAACCUCGCGGACAACACACUGGAUGAUGUUGACGUAUCUCUGCGGCUGGACAAGCAACUGAGGCUCGACCCUCGCUCGGCGCGCUAUGGGCUUGGUGCUCUCGAGAAGCUCCCACUCGAGAUUCUCCACCUCAUCCUCCUUGCGCUGGACAUACAGUCAAUGACGGAGUUCCGUCGCGUCAACAAGAAAGCAAGGCUCGUCACGGGCUCAAUUCCCCAAGACCGCCGAAUCCUCGCGCACGCGCCCGCCGCCAUCCACGGCAGCCUCCACCUCGAAACCGCACGGAACUUCUCCUGCCAGGCUCUGUCCGAGACACUCUCCACCGCCGAGUGUGACGGAUGCGGCGAUUUCGGCGGAUACCUUUACCUGAUCACCUGUCGCCGCGUGUGUUUCCUAUCUCUCGGCGAGAAGACCGACUAUCUUCCCCUAUCACGGAAGGAUGUGAUUCGCAAAUUCGGGCUGGACCCUAUUCAUCUAGCGCGUCUGCCUCGCCUGAAGAGCUUCCCGGGUCGUUACUCACCUCGAGGGAUUAAAUGUCGACGCCGUGAGACCUUGUUCGAUCAUUGCUCUGCA